UUGCUGUCGCCUCCCGUGGAAGCCGAAGUCGCCGCGUUGAAGGAGCCGUGCCACGCCGUCCCGAAGGAGGCUUUGGAGCCGGAGGUCAAGCAGGACGCGGCAUCGCGCGGUUCGGAAGAACGUGUAACUCAAAACGUGCCCGAGCAGCCGGAAAUAACUCCCCAGAAGGAAGAUUCCCAUAUUGGGAAAGAGGACGAGGUUUCCGAUGGCUCGAAGGGUGCUCCCCUCUGCUCCCGCAGGCAGGGGUUGAAGAGGAAGUUCUCCCAGUCCGACGGCACGCUGCUGGGCUCCGAGUCCGAUGAAGAUUCGGUGAGGACCUCCUCCAGCCAGCGGUCACACGAGCAGAAGAUAUCCAGUACGGAAAAGGAGAGAGAUCCCAGACGAAGCUCGGCGUCCCUCAGGGGUGACGACCUGGGGAAGUCCUCCUCGCGCUCCAAGUCGGACAGGGAUGAGAAGUACUCGAGCUACUCGAAGUCGGAAAGAGAUUCGCGGUAUACGUCGUCCCGCUCUCGGUCGGACCGAGAGAGAAGGCGAAGCCGGUCUCAUUCCCGCUCGCGCUCCGACCGGGGCUCCCGAACCAGCUCUUCCUACUCGAGGUCGGAGCGCUCACAUUACUACGAGUCCGACCGCAGAUACCACCGGAGCUCCCCGUACAGGGAAAGGUCGAGAUACUCCCGUUCGUACGCUGACAGCAGGGCGCGAGAGAGCUCCGACUCGGAGGACGAGUACAGGAGGACACAUUCCAGAUCGAGUGACUCGCGGCGUACGUCGUCCCACUCCUCCUCCUCCUACAGAGACUCGAGGACUUCUUCGUACUCUAAGUCGGACAGGGACAGCAAAGUAGAGUCGUCUUACGCCGACGCGGAGAGGAGAGGAAGGUCGUCUUCGAAAGCAGAUAGAGAUUCAAAAAGGACUUCCGAAAGUGAAGUAACCAAAAGGUGCUCUCCCCUUGACGAGCUAGGCUAUCGGAAGGGGACAUCCCAUUCUAAGCCCGACAGUAAUGUGAAUUCCUCCCGUUAUAAGUCCACCCCUUCAAAGACCCCCACACCAAAGCCUGAUAAAUUUAAGAGUUCUUUCUGUUGUACAGAAUCGAUCGAAGAAAUAAAACAGCAGUCUAAUUCUCUAGAUUUAGAGACCUCUUGUCUAAAAAGCAAUGAGAUCAGGGUGUCCAUUGCGAAAAAAUUUGAAAGGGAAAAGACACUUUCUCCAUUAGAUCAGUUAAACGAUUCGCCCGCUUUUAAAAAGGCAGAUGAAUCGAAAGCGGGUUUUGCCAACUCAAAGUCCGAGGAACUUGCAGGAAACGAAUGCCACGACAGUGUUAAGGAACAAGAGACUUUAUUAAAGAUCAAGCACGACCAGUUAAGAACGUGUCUCCCUGUAGAGCUGAGCGUCAAUGGGUCCCCGGAGGGGAGAGCCGAUGGUUUGGCAACUUCCAGUGCCUCCAAACCCGAGGAUGUCGCUGUGUCUUCUGACGACAGCCUGUGCCGGUCAGAAGCGUCGCCUGUCGUGAAGACGAGUCCGUCGUAUCCGUUGCCAUCUAACGGGUUUGAGAGCGUUUACGCGUCUCAAGAGCAAGAGCCGGACGAUUCUCGGGUCCAGUCCAGCGAGUGCAACAGUCCGUUUCGGCAAGCGGAGGCUCCGGUCCCGCAGCAGCAAGGAGAAGCCAUCCCUUUGCCCGUCCUGAAUGUAGAUCACACUAAAGCCCUACUUGAGCUGGACGAUCAGGCGCCUCCGGGUGACAAAACCAAAGAACCAGUUUUUUGCUACAUUUCAGACGAAGCCACCCCUGCUUUGUAUCAUUCGGAAGUGGAAAUCGAAGCCGAGCCGGCGGAUGUAAAAGUUACAUCCGAGACUUUCCUGGACAUGCAGAUAGAGCUGCAGACGGUGACGUGCGAUUACGAGAGCACGGAGGAUCACCACCCAAAGGCCGCCUGUGACGAUGAGCACGGUCAGCCUCUCCAUAAAAUCAGCCUGGCAGUGGAGAGCUCGAGCCGGGAUCCCUCCCAGGAUGGCUCUUCCCUGAGGCUCAGCUCGGACCAUCCCGUGCCGGAGGAAAUUGUCUCUUCCAAAUGGGAUGUGCCACCGCCGGGUGGAUGCCCGGAGCUGCUGCCGCGUUCGGAAGCCGAAGAGAUGCUGGACUUGGAUGCUCAGCACGUUGAUCUUGGUUCGGCAAAAAGCAAGCUGUCGUUCAGAGACGAGCAUUCGUACUACUCGGCGGUGCCGCUGGAGCGCCGUGGCCGGGAGGUCGUGGAAGAAAGUGCUGUUCCCACCGAGGGCGUUGGGCCGGAUGAUGUGAGAGUUCGCUGUCCCGGCGCGUCGGCCGAGAAGGACGAGGGAAACGAGCCCUUGGUGGGUUCAGCUUUUCCAGAUGCCCUGUUUCCCUCUUGUGAUGUUGUUGUCACCGCAGAAGAAACGGAGACGGUCACUCAGGCCCCGACGUGUGACAGCAGCGGCAACGCUGCUGAAUUUGUCCCUGCCGGCCACGAGGAUUACUCUGACACAGGGGAGAGCGACAGCGAGGGGGGCAGCGACGACAGCGACACGGAGGACUCGGAUUCCGAUGACGGUGCGCCGCGGAAACGGCUGCAGUCUGUCGUGGUUGUGCCGAAGAACUCGACCAUCGCGAUGGAGGAGAGCAGCCCUGGCUCCUCGCGGAGCAGCCAGGGCACCAGGCGCUUCUCCGACCACUGGGACGACGAGCGACCCGAGCCCAGCAGAACCUACUACGAAGAGAGAUUGGAGAGCAUGGCCAGUAAAGGUGGUCCACCGGAGCUGAUGGCCGUCGGCAGACCCAUCGGCCGACAAGACGAGCAGCCGUUUUGCCUGCCGGAGAGUUUCGAGAGCGCCGAUAAAUUCCGACACCAGAUGAGCUCUUCCAAGCCAGACAGUCGGCAAGGGAAGGGUGGGCUUAACCAGUCUGGCCUCGGAGACCUCUCCAGGCUGGAUGGUUUUCAGGCAACGGAGGAUCUGGGUCAUUUGAGCUGGGACUUCACCCAGUCAGAGAAGCCCAGUAGCACGUACCAGCAGCCGGAUAGCAGCUUCGGGGUCUACUCGGGCUACGUUUACCAGCCGGGCUCGGGAGUGUACGGUGGCUCUCAGGGUUACUGGCAAGGCAAUGGUUAUUGGGAUGCGAGGUCUGCCAGCCGACCCUCUGCCGUUAGUUACGACCGAAUUCAGGGGCAAGUGCCGGAUUCUCUAACGGAGGAUCACGAGGAGUACGAAGAGGAUGACCGCUGGGAGGUGGACUGCAAGGCUCGUUUUCCCAGCCCCUCGGGCAAAGGCCAGACGCCUGGGCAGAAGGAAAAAGGCUCGGUGCAGGCGCACGAGAUCAGCAGCAAUUCGACCAAGGAGCUGGUGCCUGGUGGGGAGAAGAAGGAGGAGGUGAAGGUUUUGGAGAAAAACGAUGCGAAAGAACGAGGCCCACCAAAAAAGAGACGCCCGGAGUUGGAGAGCGACUCCGAGAGCGACGUGGACUCGAGGGAGAAGAAGAAGGUGAAGCUGGAGGGCGAGCAGGUGGAGUCGGCGCCGCAGGACUCCUCCAUGGUCGGUCGGUUGUGUAUCAUGGAUGACUUCAGAGACCCCCAGCGCUGGAAGGAGUUUGCCAAGCAAGGAAAGAUGCCCUGUUACUUUGACCUUAUCGAGGAGAACGUGUACUUGACCGAAAGGAAGAAGAACAAAUCCCACCGGGAUAUUAAGCGAAUGCUGUGCGAAUGCCCUCCUCUCUCCAAGGAAGAGCGAGCUCAGGGGGAGGUGGCUUGUGGAGAAGACUGCCUCAAUCGCCUGCUCAUGAUCGAGUGUUCUUCCAGGUGCCCAAACGGCGACUACUGCUCCAACAGGCGCUUCCAGAAGAAGCAGCACGCAGAUGUUGAAGUGAUCCUCACUGAGAAGAAAGGCUGGGGGCUGAGAGCUGCCAAAGACCUGCCAUCCAACACUUUUGUCUUGGAGUACUGCGGAGAAGUGCUGGACCACAAAGAGUUCAAGGCUCGCGUGAAGGAAUAUGCCCGGAACAAGAACAUUCACUAUUACUUCAUGGCCCUGAAGAAUGACGAGAUAAUCGACGCUACCCAGAAGGGAAACUGCUCGCGUUUUAUGAACCACAGCUGUGAACCAAACUGCGAGACGCAAAAGUGGACGGUGAACGGGCAGCUCAGAGUUGGAUUUUUCACCACCAAACUAGUCCCGUCAGGCUCCGAGCUGACGUUUGAUUACCAGUUCCAGAGAUACGGCAAAGAGGCUCAGAAAUGUUUCUGCGGCUCAGCCAACUGCCGGGGUUACCUGGGAGGCGAGAACAGGGUCAGCAUCCGAGCCGCCGGCGGGAAGAUGAAGAAGGAGCGCUCCCGUAAGAAGGACUCGGUGGACGGGGAGCUGGAAGCGCUGCUGGAGAACGGAGAGGGUCUCUCCGAUAAGAACCAAGUUCUCAGCUUAUCCCGGCUGAUGGUUCGGAUCGAAACGCUGGAGCAGAAGCUCACCUGCCUCAAACUCAUACAGAACACGCACUCGCAGUCCUGCCUGAAGUCCUUCCUGGAGUGUCACGGCUUGUCCCUCCUCUGGAUUUGGAUGACGGAGCUGGGCGAUGGCAGAGGGAGCACCGCGAACAACCUGAAGUUGCAGCUGGAGAUAAUGAAGACGCUAGAGCUCCUGCCUAUACCCACCAAGAACAUGCUGGAGGAGAGCAAAGUGCUUCCCAUUAUUCAGCGCUGGGCUCAGACCAAGACCGCUGUCCCGCAGCUCAGCGAAGGCGAUGGCUACUCGAGCGAGAACACCUCGCGGGCUCACACGCCGCUCAACACCCCGGAUCUUUCCACCAAGCAGAGCGCGGAAGGUGACACGGACACCCCCAAGAAGCUGGUCUUCCGAAGGCUGAAGAUUAUCAGUGAGAACAGCAUGGACAGUGCCAUCUCGGAUACAACCAGCGAGCUGGAAGGGAAGGAGGGCAAAGAGGACCUGGACCAGCUGGAAGGUGCCCCGAUGGAGGGGUCAGAGGAGCAGCAGCCGCAGCAGCAGGAGAUCAAAGCUGCCGUCGACGCGCCGGUGGAGAGCAGCAAACCCCAAGCUGCAGAGCUGGAGGCUGAGCCUGAAGCAGAGGUGAAAGAGAGCAACGGCGCGAAGCUGGAAGAGCCCAUUACGAUGGAGACGCCCUCUCAGGACGAAGAGGAAGGCGUAUCCGAUGUUGAGAGCGAAAGAAGCCAAGAACAAACGGACAAAAUUGUGGACGUGAGCGAUUUGGCUACGAGGCUGCUCGACAGCUGGAAGGAGCUCAAGCUAAGGCUGAGGGACAGGAGAGCACGUUGGGCUUCAAGCAUAGCGUGUCCUUCAGCAGCUCUGGUGUUUCAGCGUGGUUGGGCCCUUGGGGUUUCCUUGCUGUUCAUGCCAAAGCGGGGCCUGGAGGUCCUCCAGCUCCCCUCCCCAAGCCGUAAGCUUCUCGUGAGGAGCCCUUCCAUGUCUCAAAUCUGUCCCGUGGCCAACCCGUGGGCUCUGCCAGCUGACCGAUGCCGCGGGAGCACGACCGGCGUGGCGGCGCCGGCCGCCGCAGAACGUCCCACCAUGCUAGUGUGGUUUGGGCGCCGCGGGGUGGGACUGAGCUUUCGGCAUCUUCCUCCGCCCCUGGGUGGGCAGAGGAUGCCCUCGCCGCCUGGGGAGGGGGCAGACGAGCCGCUCUGGAGCGACUGGCUCUCGCUCCGGCACGCACGUCGCUUUGAUUAG